UAUUCCCAAUGUUGUCGUUCAAAAUUACACUUCUAAAGUUUUGAGUAGUGUAAAUUAAAAAUGAUCACAAUCUAUUUGUGGUCUCCACCAGGAAAAACUGCUGACUCUGGUGAAACAUUUGGGCAUAUAUCUAUGGAACUUUUAGAUGAAACUUAUAUCAGUUUUUGGCCAAGUGAAGAUAUUGUUAAGGCAAGAAGCCAAAAAAGCCAAAUCAAUUCAUAUGACGAUGAUGAAGAGUCAUAUGGACGUCAUGCUGAUAAAAGCUUAGGCAUUCCUGAUGGUAAAUUAAAUGAAGACAAAAUAAGAUCUUGGUGGAAAAAGAACAAGAACCGCGAAUACAACUUAGUGUUCAAUAAUUGUGCAUCUGCUAUAGUAAAUGCAUUAAAGGCAGGAGGUUAUGGAGGAAUAUUAAUAGGAAUUUAUACUCCUGAUGAAUUAUAUACCACAGUUUAUAAUUAUUACAAUCCAAAGUGUAUUCUAAUAUAAAAGCUGUAAGCAAUAAUGAAGAUAUAUACAUAUUUCCUUGACCUAAAUGAUUAUUUUUGCAAUAACGAAGAAAACAUAACUAUUUAAAAAAUAUAUAUUUUACCA